UAUACAACCACACACGUGAUCAACUGUGUGUUGAAGUGUGUGUCGUUCGAAGACGAACGUGCUGUGUAAAGAUAUCGACAAAUUAUAUAUAGAGUGUGUGAACUAGUGUGGAUAAUUUGUAUAUUUUUUGACAAGCAAAAACAAGCCACGAGUGUUACAAAAACGGCGAGAGCAAAAGAGAGAGAGAAAAAAAAAGAAAAAAUGAUGAUAGGCAAAGAGCCGCAGCAGCAGCACCGCGGCACUUAACGCGAGGGCACCGCCGGCGUAUGCCCACGGCCCUGUUCGUUCCUACAAUCCGGCCGGCGCGCAAGAGUCCACACACACACACUUACACAUACGCUCGCAUACAGCUGUUUCUCGCUCUCCGCAGCAGUUUCCCGCGUAAAGCGCGAUACCGGCGCUACUACAUUGCUACUGCUACCAGUUACUUCUAUUAGUGCUGAUGCAAAUGCUGUGAUUUCGUUCAAAUUUUUCUACCCGAAGAAAAAUUCUUUGCGUCGAGUGUUGUCGGGUCGGAGAGCUCUUCUUGUGCUAAUUUAUUGCAGUGGCGAGAACCAGGAUUAGUGUGUUUUAAGUGUGCGUGCGCGUGAAAAAAAGGAGUGCGUGGUGCUGGCGGACGGCCAUUAUGUCAGUGUUCGCCAGCGAUUUGCUCGAAGAAAUAGUCGAGGCGACUGAGGAACAGGAGGCGGAUCUUUGCAGCAGCGGCGAGACAGUCGACGAGUGUACCGGGCUGCCAUUGGGCAGCGAGUUCAUAGAAGAGCCGGAACGCAAGCAUCAGCCACUCGGGAUCGUGUUAGAAUCAGCCUCGCCGACGACACCACCGACGACCACGACGACGAGCUCGAGCUCUUCUUCGAGGCCACACAAAAGCAGCCGUUCGUCGUCACAAAACGUCAGCUUGAACGGCAACGCCAACCCCGGCCGUGGCGCCUCUUCGCGAAACCACAUGGAGCAGGAGAAACGUAUGCGGCGAGAAAUCGCCAACAGCAAUGAGCGCAGACGUAUGCAGAGCAUCAAUGCUGGCUUCCAGUCGCUUAGGACCCUCCUGCCGCACCACGAAGGCGAGAAAUUAUCCAAG